AUGGCAAAUGCACAACUGAUGUUUACCGAACUUGAGAAGCGAAUCGCCGCCUGGAUCCCACCACCUACCCCCGUUAUGUUUUUCCCAGGAGCUUAUGGAUAUCCAGCUUCGUUAUUCUCACCAUCGCCAUUCACAUCCAUACCAAACUUUCCAACAGCCAUCCAUGCAAACAGCUCACAUCCUGCCCCAGUCAUGUCUCAUCAAAUCUGUCCUAGUCGAGGCACAACUGGAAGCAUCGAUUAUUAUGCGCGGGUGGCCUCGAAGUCCACACCACUCCCUAAAGCUCCGUUCAACCUCACUAUACCAAAAAUUUCGAGGCAAAUUCCCACUCAUGAAGCAUGGAAGCAGGUAAUUAAAGAUUGGGACGAGCCCGAUGAAAGCCGUGGUUUAACGGUUGCAUUAAAAGAUUGGGAGGAGGAGUGGUACAAGAAUCCGAGUGUCGCAGCUCUGUACCAUGCUAGACAGAAGAUCGCACUGGAAUUUAUUGGCCCGUUUGACCGAAACAUUGAAGAAUUCUGCAAAGCUUAUCCUGGAUACGAACGUGGAAUUUCAGCUCUGCAUGAUGCUAUUCAUGCAAAACAGAAAGCAGCCAGCUUCGUCAAAUCUCGAUACAGCAAAUACCAAAGGGAGGUUUGA